GUCGUAUAGUCAGUGUAUCCAAAAGGUCAUUAGUACCCGCAAUUUGUGUGUCUGUAUGUAAACGUAAAGUGAUGAUGCGUGCAGCAGCGCAGAGUCUGUAAGGUGGUUGUAAACAAAGAACCACUGUGAUUGUGGCAUAAAACAUUUCUGCUGCGGUGUGCUGGGGCAAGUGCAUAGUUGUUAUUAUUUCUUAGUGCUUCCAGUGAAUAGAAGUGCAAACUUAAAAUCAAGUUAAUAAUAUAACGGUUUUGAUUGUUAUUUGUCUGAUCUAAUUGAAACACUUUUUUUUUUUUUAUACAAAAGACGGUCUUCCACUAUGUAAAAUGGUCAGACACGAUGACAAUGAAAGUAUUUACGGUGAACGUUUGCAAUACGAUCGAAAGUUCAAAGGACCACUCUCGAAACGAUCCUGCACCGAUGUAUUCUGUUUAUUAAUUUUUGUCAUUUUCUUAGCAGCUUGGUGCUACAUUGGUAAUUAUGCUAUUAAGAAUGGUGACUUAAAUAAAUUACUUGUCCCAACGGAUUCGUUUAAUAGAAAGUGUGGGGUCGAUGCCACUGUUAAAGAUAAAAAAUAUUUAUUUUUCUUCAACUUGGAGAAAUGUAUUGAUCCAUUAGUGCCAAUAACGGGUUGUCCAACACCACAAGUCUGUGUGGCGGAAUGUCCCACGGAGACAUUUGUUUGGGAUAAUGUUAAAAAUAAACUAAGUUUGGAUGAUCUCAAGAAAAAGCUUAUAUGUCAAACGGAAGCAUAUAAAAUGAGUAUUAACUCAAUAGCUGAUGCGGAAAAAGCUAUUGUGUCGAACCGGUGUGCCCGUUGGUAUGUCAAAAGCAAGCCAUUCGGAAACAGAUGUGUAUGGGAUUUUGCAUCUGAUCAUUGCGAAUAUCUUCCACUCUAUCUAAGAGAUAUUUCAUCACAAAAUCUGGUAAUGAAACCGAAGUCCUCGGGCUUGGUAGCAUUUCCCACAACAGAGAAUUCAAAAAUAACUGAUGAUGUCGUAAUAAAAAAAAUUAAUCAUUUCGGACUAACAAAUGAGCCAGUUAGAGAAGAACCUGUGGACUGCGAAACACGUCAUCAGCUUGGAGAAGUUAUUAAGCAAAAGAUGCAAAAGUCUAAUUCAUAUGUAUCAAGACUGACUGGGAAUUUAAUUCAACAUUUCUACAAAGGAGAGAAUGUACAACAGGUUGGCGAGAAAAUAGUAGAAGAUGUCAUUAGCUCAUGGCCUACAAUUUUCUUGGUUCUGGUGGUAACAAUGGCAGCAUCUCUUGUUUUCAUUGCUCUGAUGAGAUGGGUUGCAACACCUCUAGUUUGGCUUUCUAUUCUUGGAGUAUUGAUCGGACUUGGUUUUGGAGUCUACUUUAGUAUUGGACAAUAUAACUACUGGAAAGAUACAUCUGCUGUUCCAAAUCAUUCGCUUAACCUAUCAUCGGCAGUUAAAAAUAUUUUCCAAGAUGCCAAAGUUUGGCUUUAUGCCUCCAUAAUUCUUGGUAUAAUGUUUAUUGUAAUAUUUCUCUUGGUAAUUGUUCUUCGAAGUCGAAUUGGAAUAGCAGUAGCUCUGGUUAAAGAAGGAAGCAAAGCAGUUUCAUGUGUAGUGGCAACUGUUUUCUUUCCCAUUUUUCCCUGGAUUUUAUGCAUGUGUACCAUUGCAAUAUCGGUUAUAAUUGGAUUGUUCCUGGCGUCAGUUGGAGAUCCAUCUUUCAUUGUAACAAGGUCUGGAGAUUCAAACGAAGUUUGCAACUGUGAAGGUGUUGCAAUAAAUUAUACACGUGGAGCACAGUGUGAUCCUGUCCUGUUUCAAAACAACUGCUUCCUUCAACCAUCUGGAUUAGCAUUAUUCUCAGGACAAAAUAAUCCGUGUGUGGAAACUGGAUGUUUCUUUGAAGGCAUUGGAAAUCCAAAAAUUGUUUCUUAUUUCCAAAUUUACAACUUUAUUGGAUUUUUGUGGUUGUCAUUCUUCAUCUCAGCACUAGGUGAAAUGGUCUUGGCAGCAACUUUCGCAACCUGGUACUGGACAUUCCAUAAAUCUGAUGUUCCAUAUUUCGUCCUCACACGAGCUUUUGGUCGUACAGUGCGCUAUCAUUUAGGAACAGUGGCGCUAGGAGCCUUCAUCUUAACAAUAUGCCGCUUUAUUCGUGUCGUUCUAGAAUACAUCGAUCAAAAGCUAAAGAAAUUCGACAAUAGCGUUACUAGAGCAAUCUUUUGCUGCAUGAAAUGCUUCUUUUGGUGUUUGGAAAACUUUUUACGUUUCAUCAACAAAAAUGCAUACAUUAUGUGUGCCAUUCAUGGCAAAAACUUUUGUGCUAGUGCUAAGGACUCUUUUAAUCUUCUAAUGAGAAACUUUCUCCGCGUUGUUGCUGUAGACAAAGUAACCGAUUUCUUGUUCUUCCUUUCAAAAUUGCUUCUAACUGGUGCUGCUGGUGUCGGCACAUAUUAUUACCUUGAAAAUAGACCAAGUGAUCCACCAUUGAAUUAUGUAGCUGUUCCAAUUACAAUUGUUGUAAUUGCAACAUUUUUGAUCACAAGUGUAUUUUUCGGCGUAUAUUCUAUGGCAGUUGAUACACUAUUUUUGUGUUUCUUGGAAGAUUGUGAACGUAACGAUGGUUCCGAGGAGAAACCGUAUUUUAUGUCCAAGCAGCUAAUGAAAAUCUUACACAAACGAAAUAAAAUGCCAAAGCCAUAAAAUUAAAACAAAAAUUAUAUAAAACGGAUGCUUUAAAAAAAAGAGUGAAAUGGAGUGGUUCUUAUGAAUGUACCUUUGUUUGAUACAGAUGCGCAAAGUUUGCUCAAAAUGUUGUGAGCAUAAUAAAUUACCAAAAAAAGAAACAAAAUAUAUUUUGUAUUAAUAUGAUUAUAAUGUUAAUUUAAAAAGAAAUAAACAGUUUUUAAUAUUUAUAACUAAAA